GUAAAUUGACACGACGAGUGAGUCGUAGUGCAUACUUGUCAAACUGUUGAGUAUUGGGACCCGUCUUGUCUGUGGUCGAGUGAAUUAUCUGUCCUGUGACGGGGAGUCAAGUAAUGCAUAUUCAGUGUGAGGGCUGGUGUCUCUGCCCUGGUCUGGAUGGAUGAGCUGGCCCUGUUGGAUUUUCUGGAGUGCCCUCUGUGUUCGGAGCGGUUGGACGCGACGGCCAAGGUGCUACCGUGCCAGCACACCUUCUGUAAACCGUGUCUGCGUAGGUUGGUGUCGUCACACUCCGAGUUGCGCUGCCCGGAGUGCCGCACGCUUGCGCCUGCAGGAGUCGAGGAGCUGCCUGCCAACCUCCUGCUGGUGCGUCUCCUGGAGGGCCUCCACCAGGGGCCUGGAUCAGGGACAUACAAUGCGCCUCUUGCUCAGGACCAGUCUGUAAGAAGAACCAGAGAGGCCCAGUAUACUCAAUCCCCCCAACGCAGGCAGAUGCACGGCCACAGGAAUGCUCUGGAUGGGGUCCCAUGGGCCCGAGCCCUGGGGAAUUACAGAGGAAAUGUUCCAGGUGAACUCAACAUAAAAUCUGGUGACGUCAUCAUCUUGCGCCGGAGGGUUGAUGAGAACUGGUACCAUGGAGAGGCCAAUGGCAGCAGUGGGCUGGUCCCGGCCAACAUGGUGCAGGUUGUCAACCAAUUGCCCCAGCCUCUGCCCCUUUGCCGGGCUCUCUAUGACUUUGAUACACAGGACAAAAACCAGGAGGAAGUCAAGGACUGCCUAACAUUCUUUAAGGGAGACAUCAUCUCAGUGAUAAGACGAGUGGAUGAGAACUGGGUUGAAGGGAAGUUGGGAGAAAAAGUUGGAAUUUUUCCUCUCCAGUUUACAGAACCCAACUCUGCUGCCGUCAAACUCCUGGACAAACGCAAGGGAAACGGGAUCCCCCAGACGCGGAGCGGGAGUGGUGGCAGACUGUGCCCCCCGAUGCCCAGUGCUCCAGGCCCCCUCAGCUAUCCCAGCCACCCAGCCCAGGGCCCCACGGACAUCAGCCUCCCUGUCUUUCUUGGCUCCAGCAACCUGACUGUGGUGCCCCGGGUGGGGGAGUUUGGCAGCGAGGGCAACAGCAGCGCCCUGCCUCAGGGGUCUGUUGUGGUUCCGGCUGAGAGAAAACCUAACGGCGACCCGGUGUCAUCCAACUUUGCCAUGGCACUUCUGAACCCCAAGUCCCAUUCAGCUUCCAUGGAAAGCAAGCACUCCUCCAACCAACGGCUUUCCAUCAGCGUGUGUGCGGCGCUCUACCCCUACACGCCGCGCCACUCAGAGGAGCUGGAGCUGAAGAAAGGGGAAAUGGUGGGUGUGUACGGACGAUUCAAGGAGGGCUGGCUCCGUGCUCUGUCUCUGAGAACCGGGAAAGUGGGAAUCCUGCCUGCCAACUUUGUCACACCUGUGCUCAGAACUUCUGCUAGGUUCCUGGACUCCAAAUGUGCUCCGGGUCAGAAAUCUGCCACAGGAAAGAGGCCUGUAACAGCCAAGCCCCAUGGUCCAGUCACUACCAAUGGCACAGUCAGGCCUGCUGGGCAGGCUCAGUUGGUCGCCAUGACAGCAUCAGGUAGUGGCAUGAGAGUAGCUGUACAGGAGGGUGUGCAAGGGAGAGGCUCUGUGAAACACAGAGGGCCCUCCAUGCAUGGUAGUCUGCACGGUCGGAAGCCAGCCCCGGGCGCGGCUGCGGGGCGACCCCAGCAGUCACUUCCCUCAGGGGCCCUGGCUCAGGUGCAGGGCCUCUCUUCCAUGCCUGCUAUGCAGCGAGGGAAACACAGCCACCCUGAAAACCUCAGCAGACCCAUGUGCUGGAUCUCUGAGGCAACGGUGCCCUCUGCUGGUGACUAUCUGGUUCUCGACUUAAGAGAAACUCCUGCCAGAGAGCUCCCAGACAGGCAGGCCACAGCUGGACUGCAGUCCAUCCUAGUGAAACCGGAUGCUCACAAGUACAACACAGAGAAGCCCAUGAAAACAGUGCGCUUCCUCACCCAUGAGGCUCCAGCCACUGUGCAGAGGAUGGUGUCUGUGCCCCCGGGCGGUUUGGUGAGCCCCGGUAUGCUGCCUGGGGGUCCAGGCCUGGAGCUGUCCUGCAUGCCCAUGGACGGCAGUGCAGCCGCUAACAAGAAAUUCCUGGCAAUGGAUCCCGCAUCUGUAGACGCACUACCGCCCGGCCUCAAACCAGCCUCUUCUUCACUCGCUCAGCCCAACACCUGCAGGUACAGGGUCAUGGCUGCAUACGCUGCACAGACUGACUCAGAGAUGCAUUUGCGGGAAGGAGAGCUGGUUCUGGUGCAGAGGCCUCGGCAGGACGGCCGAGUUCUGGUGACCCAGGAGAAGAGCGGGAAUACGGGCUUGUUCCAGAGCGUCGUGUUGGAGGUUCUGGAGAAACUCAGCUGACCCAGAGAAACCCUGGCAAAGCUCCUGCCUGCUGUAUGUGUGCGUGCCCGUAUCUGAACGAUGACCAGUCUGUUACUCUCCCACCUGCUGUGUGUUUGUGUGUGUGUGUAUGUCUGUCUAGCUGUCAGUUUAUUUCUGCCAAAGCUCCUGCCUGCUAUGUGUGUACAUGUCUGUACCUGAAUGAUGACCAGUCUGUUCCACUCCCCCUUCUGUGUGUAUGUGUGUAUUUGUGUUUGUGUGUGUGUGUUUGUCUGUCUGUCGUUGUGUCUCUGCCAAAGCUCCUGCCUGCUAUGUGUGUGCCUGUCUGUAUCUGAAUGAUGACCAGUCUGUUUCUCUCCCACCUGCUGUGUGUGUGUGUGUCUGUGUCUGUCACUGCCAAAGUUCAUGCCCUUGUGUGUGUGCGUGCCUGUAUCUGAAAGAUGAGCAGUCUGUUACACUCCCACCUGCUGUGUGCACCCCUGUGUUUGUGAGGGAGUGAAAGGGUGUUACACUAUCCCUGCAGCAGUCACUGGUCUGUCUGUCCCAUUCACUCCACUCUCUGGCAAAAACACUGAAACCUGGCAAUGUACAUGACAUUACAUUGCAAUUAUUUGGCAGAUGACUAUCAAAAGCUCCUUCAGAAGAUAGUCUAUAUUUAUAAAAUAUAGUAACGUUAUAGCAUGUCAACUAGAAGUCAGGCAAGAAUUAUGGUAAAGAACUACAUCAAAAUGGAGAAACAAGUGCGAAAUGAAAGUGGUAGAUGGAGAUACACAUACAACAAAAGGGUUAGAAGAUCCAGAUCCAAGUGAUUCAGGAGUGAUACUAGGUUUAGGGCACUCCUGCAGGAGACUGCUAGAGAUAGUGCAGGCAUAGUCUGAAGAGAUGCGUCUUCAGACAGUAGCAGAAAAUGAGCAGUGACUAAGCAGUUUGUAGAGGAACGGGGAGGUCGUUCCACGAUUGGGGAGAUAGGGUGGAGAAGCUCUGUGGCUGGGACAACAAGAACCAUUCACCCAAAUGGCCCUGCUGCAGCAGAGUGGAGUGGUCGAGCUGGUGCGUAGGGUUCACUUAUGUCCAGUGGGUAGGAAGGACCUGUCCUUUAUAGGCCAGAUUCAGGACUGGAGGGUCAUUCAGAAUGAGCUCAUUGUGAAUGAGCUGAGGUGGCUGUAUGGCACAGGCAGGUAGGCUUGCUGGAAGGGAGUUGCAGUAAUCCAGAUGGGAGAUUACCAUAGCCUGGAUGAGUAGCUGGGUGGAGAACGUUGUCAGAUAUCUGAUGUUGUAUCGGAGAAACCUGCAGGACCGUGAUGUUUCUGCGAAGUGCUCGUAGAAGUCCAGCUGGUCGUCUUAAGAUCACCCCUAGGUUCUUUGUGGAGUAAGAGCCACUGUAGUACAAUCAACUGUGAUGGUGAGCUUUCAGUAGUCGGAGGGCCUUGUGAGGGAUGAAGAGCAGUGACAAACAAAUAAAAUGUGUAACACAUUUUCUGUUAAUACAUUCUUACUAUAAGAUAUAUAUGUUGCUGUUUAUAGUGUUUCUUAUACGGCAGUAGUAAUAUAGCUGCAGUGUGUGCAGCUUGUUGUUCACUGUCCUGGCCUUGGCUUUUCUUUCAUAUGGAAUCUUAAUGUACAGCUAGAUUUGGCAUCUCUUGUCGUGUGUGCACCAACAUAAAGGGAAAUGAAAGAAGCCGUUGUAUUUAUGUCUGUACAAUGUAUUUGCAUUUAUUUAAUUUUAGUUAUUUAACCAGUCUUGUUCCAAUAGCAAUUAUUGUAUUGAGGAAUAUUAACAUUACUAUCCCCUUUAUCAUAAAUUAUGCUAGAUUUUUUCUCUUACAAACUUGGAGUAAAAAUUAAACCAAAUAAGUUGCACAAUACCCAUUUUUAUUUUCAUUAGUACAGACUCUGCCAAUCAGACCUGAGUCAAAUAUGUAAUUGCUUUGGACUUUUCUGUGCUCGAUUGAUCUUGCCUGGUGCAGUUGAGCCAACCAAGAGGACCAGAAGUCUGGGUUUGCAGUAAAGCGUGAAAGGGUAUCUGUAUCCAAAACAUAUGUAUUUGACCCAGGUCUACUUCCACCUAAAUAUUUUUCUCAUAAAGGACUAAUAUAACAUAUCACUGUCGAGGUGUUAAAGACUGCACUGGUCUGACUAACACUUGUUAUAUGGUAUGCAGUUACCAGCUCAGCCAAAGUAAAAUAACAUACACAAUAAAUAGCAGUUUGAUUGGCUAACAGCUAUUACAAAAAUCACAAACUACAUUUCAUUGUCCACCAACAAAAGCUAUUUAAGGGCCCACACGCACUCUUCCUGGUUUUAGUAUCUUUUCCAUUACUUUAAUGGCAUUUGGCAGACGCUCUUAUCCAGAGCGACGUACAGUUGAUUAGACUAAGUAGAGACAAACCUCCCCUGGAGCAAUGUCAGGUUAAGGGCCUUGCUCAAGGGCCCAACGGCUGUGCGGAUCUUAUUGUGGCUACACCGGGGAUUGAACCACCGACCUUGCAUGUCCCAGUCAUGUACCUUAACCACUACGCCACAGGCUGCCCUGUGUCUAGAACUCCCACAAAAAAAGAGCAGUGACAUAGGUCCGUAACUCCUCCCAUUCCGCAUCCUGUGGUCAGCUCUCUAAAAUUUAGUGGUAAAAUUUAGCAACUCCAUCCGAUAAUUGUGCAAAAACAUAAGUCAUGUCAAGUGGGAAAUAAUUGAUCAAACAGCUCAGAAAAAUAGAAGUUAAACCCUGAAAUAUGCAUCUACCAAAAUUGCAAGUGUUUUACUUGAAUCCAGGAUGGAACACAAAUCAAAAGCUCCAGGAUGAUAUGAACAGCUCAGAAAUACAAAGAAAAUAUGUGUGUGGGCCUUUAAAACUCAUUGUACAAUUGGUGACACAAUUCUGACUACAGGCCAUGUUUCAUGCAUGUCAUUUGCCAAAGUAGCAUGUUACCAACUUGUACUAUAAUACAAUCGAAGAGCUACUAAUGCACUUUGACUUCCAGCAUCCAAAGAGGAUUUUCUGACCAUUUUUCAAUUUAAGUGUUUCCCAAUGAAAGGAUUUAUGUGGUGGAUUACCCAAUGAUGAAUUUCACUGAAUGCAAAGCCAUGGCCUAUAAUUAUAUGUUUUGGUCUCUAUAUGCUACAUAAGCUCAUUUGCCAAUAUUGUCUUCCUGAGGUACUAAUUAAUAUUUUUAGACAUGUCUCCUGUUUAUCAAUGCGAUUUGAUUUGAUAUGGUAACUCCAUGGAAAGUGCACUGUCAUGUUUAAAUGCACUUUACUUACAUGCAGUAUCUACCAAAGCAGAGGAAAGCAUUGCAUUAUGAACCCAUCCAACAUUUGGAAAUGCUGCGUAUUCUUUUUUCCAAACUCACAAGUGCACCAUGCUAGGCUUCUUUUUCCGGACAAAAGCAUUUAUGAUGUGUCCCAUACUGGGAAGUGAAUGUAAAUGAGAAGAGUCAGAGAGCCUUGGGUGUGGGAGCGUCUGUCGCAUAUGUCUAGGUUUUCACCUUACCAUUUGACACUUUGUGGUCCACCUCCAUUAUAGAUAGGAUGUUAUGUAGUGGAUGUUGUGGACAAAGUAGAUGUCAAAAUGUAUUAUUACAAUAUAAUGUCAAAACACUUUAUGUAGUUCAGUGGUGGAGGUGGGAGAAAUACAUGAGCAGACGACAAAAUCUGUUGGAAAGUGAUGUGCUUUCUUCCUUUUUGUGUUUGUCGCAAAGGUCGCAUCUUGUGUUGAAUACGAAAGAAGGAAUCUGUAAAUGCUACACUUUGGACAGUAACAAGCCUUUAUGAUGUCGCUAGCUAUGGAUUUAUUAUUAUGUUUGUCUGUUUAUUUUAUUUCUUUGGGAACCAUAGUAUCCUUGCAUGUUAUUAGUAUUCCUCCUUGUUAUUGUAAUGUACUGUUAUUGCAGCUCUCGAUGUUGGCGUGUACACAAUGGCCAUAGAGUUAAUGUCUUGAAAAAAUAAAUUGUUUCCAGAGGCACCUGCUGCCA